AUGCAACUUCUCAUCACCUGGCAUCGAUGCUGCAUGCUACCGGCCAAAGUUGAUGCAAGUUCGAGACCUAUCCUUCGCCACUCUCGUUGCAUUACAACCUUCAAAUAUUCAACCUCACCAAAGAUUCUUGGUGGAGUUGAGAUCCGGGUUUUGAACGGGUCGGCCGCCAAAGCCCUGGAUCUAAUGACUAUCUUUCCACCAGCUCGAAUACGACUCAGAUUACCCAAGGCCCAGAAGCAACUCCAGAUCGUCACACUCCCCUUCCCUCACUUGGUCCCUCCAAUGAUGUUUUCUUCUUUAACCCUUUCACCAACUUUCCUGAUCGCCCUGGCUCCUCUAUCGUUACCCUCCACUACAAAUCCAACCAUAUUCUUUAAGGAAGCCCUUAAGCCUAGAAAAAGAGAUCAUCCAGACCCUCCUCUUGGCUCUGAUAAUAUUGUCUCAUCCACUCUCUUAACGAUGCACUUGAUGGUUGACAGACUCAUGCCUACCACUAAAGAAAUCUGGAUUGCCCCGUAA